AUGUCAGACAUGUACAUCCUUAGGGUGACGGCCGGCCCGAACUACGACGCAGAUUCACAAACCGAAGUCCCAGUCAACACCCCAAAGCCCGUCAAAAUCAGCACGCCUCUCGCCGACAUUGAGCUCAACGUCCGUAUACAAAACUACGCCGGCCUCCCCCGCAAAUCACCAACAACCUCAACCUACUUUUCCACGGAGCCUCACUCCAGCAACAAUGACCAGUACAGCAUCUCCUUCCGCUUCACGCCCAAAAAGCCCGAGGGCUCCUCGGAGCAGGGCAUCUCCGCCGCCGACCUCCAGUUCGGCAACGACUUUGACCACCCCAUCAGGGACCGUCUGCCGCCGGGCUUCAACACGGCCAUGAACAUCGUCAAGUGGUGGAUCGACCCCGGCCUCGAGGGCGACGCCUAUGCAGACACCCCAUAUCUCUACGGGCCCGCCCUGAGUUCCUUCAACGUCAUCCACGCGGGCGCGGGCACCUAUGAUGAGGAGAAGGGAGGUCUCUGGUUUGAGGAGGGAGGCGACGAGGACGGGUUGGAGAUGCGGGAGACAGUCGGUGCGCCCGCGACGUCCAAGGAGCGCAUGAAGUGGGCGCUGAGGAAAGACAGCAAGGAACAGUGGGUGUUCGAGUACGGCAAGACGUACGGCAUGGACUUCUUCAACCCGUACCUGGACUUCUCCAACUUGGCUCUUCGCUUGCCCGGUUUUCAGCUUGCCAUCAUGAAGUACUGGGACGGACAGGGACUGAGGCUUGGCCGUUCUUGUGUGUUUUACCUGCGAGUUUACACCCCCUUUGAUUCUCAUGGUACUUACUCCCUUCCCCUGGGGGUGACUUUGGAAUUGGAACUGGGAUCGGAAUUCAGCGACACUACGCCAUGCUACGCCAUUGCUGGAAACGAGGAAACCUUUCUUAUGUUCACUUCUCAUGUCGUUCUUACUCUUUGCAGGGAAGGAGGGCCGAAGCGCUCACACCAGCUCAGAUAUGUUCUCCGGAACCGUUCCACAGGCGACGUCUACCUCGUGGUCCUCUUCACCAUCCAUUACAAGACCGACGUAAACGAGGACGGGACGCUCAAGGAGGAUGCUGAUGGCCCCAAGGCCGGGGACUUGCCGCCGCCUGACAAGGAGCAGCACGACGCCCAUGACGAAACCAAAGCUCUCAACGAGGCCAAGAAGCACUUGGGCCCGGUCCCGCAAGAGGCGGAUACGAAUGCUGAUGAUGUGGACUGA